UGCCGCCUUUUGCACUUCAUCAGCUGUUUGCAACCAGGGCCAAAGUUGUCCGCGCUUUUAUGCGAAUACCGCGCAAUAUUCACACAAAUUGCAAACACAACAAGGCACUGGGAUUUAAACAAAUCAUUUGUAUAUAAAAACGCAAGCCUAGCGAUGCAGAACAUAGCGGACGAGGAGGGCGCGACGCCCAGCCGCGUGCCAGGGGGCGUGGCCGCAUCCGGAGCUGCCGAGGGCGACGAUGGCGGCGGAGGAAACGGAGCAAGCGGAGGCAAGAGCAGCGCCAGCGGCAACAGCAAAAGCAACAACAACGCCAGCGGUGGCGGCAUCAUUGUUUUGAGAGCUGCGCUGGGAGAGAACGAGGCGAGAGCGGUAAUCAAUAAAUGGCGGGUUCGCGAGGGACAGUUCGUGUCGGCGGCCCAAAUCCUGUUUCUUUACCAGCCCGUGGGCGAGGACGCGAAGCCGGGAAGGCCGGGCGGGGAUGGAGCCAUCCAGAAGUACAAGUCCCAGCGCGCCGGAGUGGUGAAGAAGCGGCUCCGCAAGGAAGGGGAGCUGCUAACGAAGGGGGAUGCCAUUCUGGAGCUGUCCGAGUGCAUACACACCACGGUCAUCAAGGACAUGUGCGCGGACUGCGGAGCCGACUUGCGUCAAAACGAGAAUGGACAGACCUCCGAGGCCUCGGUGCCCAUGGUGCACACCAUGCCCGAUCUUAAGGUCACCCAGAAGCUGGCCCAGAAGCUCGGACACGACGACACCCGCCGCCUGCUGGCGGACAGGAAGCUGGUCCUGCUCGUCGAUCUCGAUCAGACAGUGAUCCACACCACCAACGACACCGUGCCGGACAACAUCAAGGGCAUCUACCACUUCCAGCUGUACGGCCCGCACUCCCCGUGGUACCACACGCGCCUGCGCCCCGGCACCGCGGAGUUUCUGGAGCGCAUGUCCCAGCUGUACGAGCUGCACAUCUGCACUUUUGGUGCACGCAACUACGCGCACAUGAUUGCUCAGCUGCUGGACCCGGAGGGCAAGUUCUUCUCGCACAGGAUUCUGUCCAGAGAUGAGUGCUUCAACGCCACCAGCAAGACGGACAAUUUGAAGGCUCUGUUUCCGAAUGGCGAUUCCAUGGUGUGCAUCAUAGACGAUCGCGAGGACGUAUGGAACAUGGCUUCCAAUUUGAUACAGGUUAAGCCUUACCACUUCUUUCAACACACCGGGGACAUUAAUGCCCCGCCGGGCUUGUCCAAGCAUGAACUGGAUGGCGAAGGGGUUGACUUCAAAGAGAUUACCGAGAAGCACGAGGACAAAGAUAAGACGGAAUCCAGCAGCGAAGUCAAACCAGAAGAUACCGAUAAGGGUGACAAUACCGUCACAAGCACAAGCAAAGAUGACGAUGUAAACGAGGAGUCGGUGGACGUGUUCGAGCUAGAGGGCGAUGCCAAGGAUGCAGAGAUUUCCAACGCCUCAAGCGCUACCGAAGCACCCAAAGAGCCGAGUGACAAAUUAAAUGGCAAGACCAAUGCAGAGGAUAUUGUGGUCAUAGACGAUAGUUCAUCUGGCUCACCAGAUGCUGAAAAAGCAGCCAGCGAUGGCGAAGACGUUGUUGUUAUUGAUGAAAAUUCCAAGGAGAGCACAAAAGCCGAGGUGCACCCCACAGCGGCAGAAAAGAACGAGGUUGUGGCCUCAUCCACUACUUCACCGGAGGAAAAGGAACCAUCUGCUGAUGCGGAUGUGGCCACCACGUCUAAGGCGCCCAGCUUACGAGUACCGCUAGAGGGGCAAAAGCAAAUAGAAAUUGAGGACCCCGACGAUUACCUGCUGUAUCUGGAGGUUAUACUUCGUAACAUUCACAAGCGAUUCUACUCGAUUUACGACGAGACCACGGAAAUACCUGAUCUUAAGGUCAUCGUUCCGAAGAUUCGGUGCGAAGUCCUGCGAGGCAAGAACCUGGUGUUCUCAGGCCUGGUGCCCACGCAGAUGAAGCUCGAGCAGUCGCGGGCGUAUUUCAUAGCCAAGAGCCUGGGCGCCGAAGUGAAGCCCAAUAUUGGCAAGGAGAUAACGCAUCUAGUGGCGGUCAACGCAGGCACCUACAAGGUUAAUGCCGCCAAAAAAGAGCCUGCCAUCAAAGUGGUCAAUGCGAAUUGGUUGUGGACCUGCGCCGAGCGCUGGGAGCAUGUGGAGGAGAAGCUCUUCCCCCUGGACCGCAAGGUGCGCAACAAGGGUCGCCAGCCACCCGCUCAUUGCCAUAGUCCCGAGCACGUGGUCAACUACAGCGAGCGCUCGGAGAUCUCACCAUCGAGCAGCAAGCAGCAGGAGGAACAGAGCGGAAACUUUCGCGAAACGCUAAAUCCGCUGCUGGUCUUCACAAACGCAGAUAUUGAGUCCAUGAAUAAGGACUACGAAACAUUCUUUGAGUCAGACUCAUCCAGUGACGAGGGUCCUGUAAAUUUUGAAAAUCCACCCAUGGACAAGAAGCUGUUGAAGAGAAAGCGCGAGGAUGAUAAUUCCAAUAGAGCGCAUGACUUUUUCACGCGAAGCGAGGACAUAAUGAUCGGAGCGCCGAACCUGGUGGAAGUGGACAUUAGCUCGAACGAGGAGGCCGAUGACAAUAACGAGAAGGAGGAUGAUGACGAUGAGAUGCCCAGCGCCAAGUUUAGACGAGGGGAAGACCUGCCUUCCGACUUGGAGCUUGGCUCCGACUCUAACAGCGAGAAAGACCCAGAGGACGAGGACGACGGCGAGUGGAACAUGAUGGGCGCCGCUCUGGAAAGGGAGUUUCUCGGCCUGGAAGACUUUGACUUGUAGAAAUUCUGUACCAUCUGUGAACACCGGACAGGGCCAUGAGACCCCUCAUUGGAGGUCCUGCUGCCCAGACACUCAAGACAAAAUAGUUUCUCUUUAGACCACGAAUGAACUCGAUGUGCUGUGUCCUUGAGUAGAGCAUCCAACUACACUUAUGCUUAGGGUUCGUACUGUAUGUAUUAGCUGUUAAUAUGUACUUUAAAAUAGCCUGUAAGAUAUCGCACAUGUGCGGGCGG